UCAAGCUGAGCAUUUUAACUCAAGGAUUGUAGCUCUGUAGCACCUUGUUCACCAUGACUCGUCGCUCGUCCGCGCUCUUGGUGAUGGCUGUGUGCCUGGCCCUCUUUGGUCUUGCCAGCAUGGCAUUCGUCUCUGCCCCAGAAGCCGCCCUUCGCGGUGAGACUGCGCUGACUGCACCAAAGGACCGAGCAGCCCAAGCAGCAGCUAUCUCGGCUGCAGUGUUGACCGUCCCAGAGAUUGCGCAUGCUGGCAACUCUGGCUAUGCAUUGCUGCAGCUCGGCUGGGCUAUUUUCAUCAUCUCCUUGGGCCCUGCAGUGCUCUUCUGGAUCUACUUCAACAAGCCGGAGCUGCUUUGAGCACCUGCCUCCGUCCCGAUUUUUGAAGUCCAGGGAAUCAAGCCUGGAUUCCGAAAACGCAAGCCCAUUGAGACACGCUG